AUGUCGUCUCCAUCGCCUGGGAAGAGACGAAUAGACACUGAUGUCAUCAAACUGUAUCCUUGUCAAAAUUUGCGCGUGAUUUUGAGCCAAUUCGUUUUGUUUUCGGCAGGAAAGUUGCGAGCCAAAAUGGCGCUCGCUUGGUGAUCGUUUUGUAUUUAUGGUAUGAGCACUGCUUUCAUGAUGAUAUUCCUUGACGAAGAUGUCAUCAGGAUCGAAAGCAAGCACGAAGUGACUAUACUUGGUGGAUUGAACGAGUUCAUUGUGAAGUUCUUUGGUCCAAGUGGAUGUAAGUUCAAGUUUAAAAUUCAUAUGUUUUCGGUCUCGAAGUCUCGUGUUCACUACACUUUGUUUUCAUUCGUGAUCGGUUUUGGUGCAGUGAGAAAUUCAUGUCGGUGAAAUUUUGAUGAGAUAACUCUUGUAUCAGUGAUAUUCCGUUCAAAUACUGACGUGUAAAUGCAGGGAAAGUUUAAUUGCCUUGUCAAGCUAUGUUAAUCCUGCCAUUAUAAAUUAUAAAUCGAUAACUCGAAGACAUAUUUGCACCAACAAGAAAUUUUAAAGGUGACAUCGGAACCGGCUGAAAACAUCUAAUACACAGACUCCUAGAAUUUGAUCCGUCUGUUUAGUAAAUUCUUCUGAUAAGGAAAUGAAUAAAGAUGGAUAUUGGAUCAAAGACAAUGUCCAGCGAUUUCUACGUAAGUUGUGCUCGCAAUGUUUGUUGUUGUUAGGAAAAAAUGUUAAAAUGCCGUGUUUUUGUGGAGUCUAUUGAAUGUAUUUACAUGUCCGUUCGCUGUUGUAAACAUUAACAGCUGAUGCUCUGUGCGGAAAAAAGAAACUGAAUAUCCUAAGGCUGUCUUCGUUUUCACAUAUUGUAAAUACACGUUUAGAAUUUCAUCUCAUUAUGCAGAAAUCGUCUUUUACAGAGUUAAUUUUGAGAGAUCUCUGUCCUGCUUAUUAUUCGAGAUACUUGAUAGGUUAGUGUGUUGAUGAGCUGGUUACCAAUUAAAACAGAAAACUGAUGAUCUCAGAUUUAAACAACAGUUGAUUUAGUGGUGUCCCUGUAGAAGAGUUGCUUUAUGGUAUCUUUGUGGGCAAUAUGUUUUCUUUUGAAUGCCUGCAGGUUUUAACCAUGAUAUGAAUAUCCAUCUCAAGGACCUGUUUACAAUUGACUUAUUUUUAUUACUCUUGAAAACAAUGGAUAUUACCGGAUGGGUUAAAAUCUGGCAAAGGAAAAAUAGUUUCUCUGACAGAGAAAAAACGGCCUUUGUUUUGAGUUGUGACAAUUCAUAUUUAUUGUUUCAAGAUAAAUAUGUAGGCUUCUGUAGAAUUUUAAUUAUCAAGCCAUUAUACAGGUCCUUAACCCUUUAAACCCUAAGAGUAACUUGCAUCUACUUUCUCCUUACAAUAUCACCCCUGAAUCACACAUUACAGUCAUGAGAUUGAAGGAAAUGAUUACCAACAAAAGAAGCUAUCGAUCAGUUCACAAAAUCUCCUUGUCAGCACCCUAGGAAAUGUAUAAAGAACAGUAUGGAGAAUAUGCAUGAUGACAUUAGGGUGUAAAGGGUGAUAUGAUAAUCCUAAACCUGAUAUGAUUAUCCUGGAUGCAUUUAAUUUACAAAACACCACAUUAAUGUAGAACUGAAAGUAGCUUUCUGGCAUUAUUUGGGGUUGUCUCAGAGAGCAUCAAACAAAACAGUUGCUUUGAUGAAUUGCAACUUUUGCAAUCCAAGAAAGAGACUGCUUCCUUUUUGAGUUCCUCUAUUUGCAUGAAAACAAAUGGAGUACAGAAAAACACAAAUAGACCAAAGGGAGCAAGCCUGUGAAUUUUCUUUAGUCAUUUGCACUUGGGUGUGCUUUGGGUGUAGUUGCCACCUACAAGUGACCAAGACAGAAUUUCUCCUGACAAUAUCAAUACAAAAUCAAGCAGACAAGUGACAACAAUGAAGAAAAAAAUGUUAAUUUUGGGAUAAUUAAUAGAUCCCAUACCAAAUUCUCCAAACUAACUUCAUGAGCCUGUAGGGAGAAUUACUAUCCAGAGCUUAGGAGUGAAAGGGUCAAAGGCAAGGUAUUUACUAGUCAGCUAAGGGAUAUCACUCAAAAUAUCUCUCUUAUUUUUUAACUUACUCUGCUAUUGAAAGUUUCCUUUGUCUUUGGCAGCACAUUAUGAAGGGGGCGUUUGGAAAGUUAGAGUCGAUUUGCCAGAAAAAUACCCAUUCAAAUCACCCUCAAUAGGUGAGUCUGUGCCUUGAAAGCAUUAGAAAUAUUCCAUGCAUGUAGAACUUAAAAGGCAGCUGUGUCUGUUGGCCAAUUGGGCAGUGGAGAUGAUUAGGAGGGGGGUAGUCUAUUUAUAUUUUCAGAAGCAGGAAUUUAUGGUCAUUCGUAAAUCAUGUGCAGGGUUCAUGUAUCAGAAAUUUGAGAAUUCUCUGGCUAAUAUUCAGAACUCUCUGACUAAAUUUCAAUAGCCUGAGCCAAUUUUUAUUUAGUCAUAGAGGAUAUUAUGUCACUUGACACUCCUGCUACUGUAUUUCUCAUUGAAAACCAUGAUGCCAUGCACGAUUUUGUGUGCUUUGUUUCUGAUAUACUGACCUUCUCUAGAUUUAUUUUCCAUGUCUGCCUGGAUUUUUGUAUACUAUGAUUAUUAUUAUUAUUUAAAAAAAUGAUAAUAAUAAAAUAAGGGUGUUGUGUUGUGUUGUGUUUUUUAUAAAUAUAAAUUAUGUGAUGAAGAUUUUGUUUCUCUCUUUAUGAAGGUUUCAUUAACAAGAUCUUUCAUCCUAACAUAGAUGAAGCGUAAGUGUCCUCUGCAGUUUAGAUCACUUAUUGUUCCUUUACAUUUUCUUGGCACAACAUAUUAAAAUACAAACCCUUACUGACACCCAAAUUUUUUUUGCCCUCUAAAAGUAAUCAUAUUCUUAUUGUUUUUUCUCUUCUUUAUUUUCCCAUAACCCUUUAGCUCCCACGAGUGUCCAAGACAGAAUUUCUCCUUACAAUAUUAAUACAAUAUCAAACAAAUAAGUGAUGAGAAUAAAGAAAAAUAUUAAUUUGGAGAUGAUUAGUUGAUCCAAUACUAAAUUCUCUGAGCUAACAUUAUAAGAAUUGUAUGGUUGAUAGUAAGGAGAAUUACAAAUUUGGUCAGAGAUUUAAAGGGUUAAAGUUGUGACAACUUGAGCAUAUCCAUUUUUCUGUGAUGUUUGAAAUUAGGUGAAGUCAUAUCUUCAGAAUUUUGCUCUUUGUUUGCUUCUGGAUGAAGGAGUUGAAGUAAAUUUUGGACCAAUUUAAGUCUUUCAAAUAUCUGAAAGUUGAACUGACUGUCAAGAUGUAUCUCUUCUUUUCGUUCUCUCAAUUUUCUUUUCAUGGUAUUUGGUUUUAUUUUUGUUUUGUUUUGUUUUUGUAAAUAAAAAAUCUUACCAGUAAAUUAGGUUUGUCCAUAUGAACACCAUUGAUAUUAUCAAAGCUUAUGUUUCCUAUUCUAGCCAUAUCUUUGCAAAAUUUAGUUUGGAAAUAAUCUCAAUUUAUCUUCAGAUCUGGUACAGUAUGCCUAGAUGUAAUUAACCAAGCUUGGACUGCUCUUUAUGGUAAAUGGUUGACUGUUGAAUUUUUAAGUUGUUACAAUUUCAAAAGUGCGGUUUAAAGAAACAUUUUGAUGUUGUGCGACUAAUAUUAAAAAUUUGUCAUAAUUCCUUUUAAGUUAAUCAGUAGCAAAUUGAAAGUGUGGUAGGAAGUGCAUGCUAUGUGUCAGCAGCUGAUUGGCCAUAUGGGACAUGUAAAAGAAACCACUGUUAUUUGACACGUGUGCAGUUACAGUUUUUGUCAGGGCUGGAAAUCCUUCAGAAGCACUGCUGUUUGUAUUACUAUAUUUUUUUUUGUAGCUUUAAGUUGUUAAAUAUAAUGUAUGGUAUUGAAAUCAAUGGUGAUUUUAUUGCAGAUUUGUCAAAUAUCUUUGAAUCAUUUCUUCCUCAACUUCUGUCUUAUCCUAAUCCUGUGGACCCUUUGAAUGGAGAUGCAGCUGCACUCUACCUGCACAAACCAGAACAAUACAAAGCAAAAAUUCAAGGUAGCCAUUCCCAUUGUCACUUCAAUGGAGUAAUCAAUUUAACAAAGAAAUGCCAUGUUGCCUUGUGUUUGUUCAGUAAUAGAUCACAGAUGACAUCAAAAUGUGGUAAGAACAAAUAAGUCGCUGAUGAGGUGCAGCAGACUGUGUCACUAUUGUUCUCAGCACAUUCUGACAUAUUCUGUGAUCUGUCACCGUACAGACUGCCAAGCAGUGUGGCACCUGUUGUUUGUUCAAGAUUGUAAACUCAUGCUAUACACCUUUUUUAGAAUAUAUCAAAAAGUAUGCAACAGAAGAAGCCCUUAAGGAUCAAGAGGAAAUGUCGUCAUCAAGUGAAAGCUCCAUAAGUGACUUUUCAGAGGAUGAAGCUCAGGACAUGGAGCUCUGACAUAAGAAAAUAUGAUAAUUUUUUUUGUAUUCUAGGUGCUGACAGAUAUACAUAAAUUGUAGUAAUGAUCAUUUGGUUCAAGCUUUGGUAUCUUCUAGUGGAAGAAAUUUCUUUCCUUUUAAGAUAAUUUCUUUAAUUUUUUUAGAGCAAAAAACACAGUUUUCCUCCUUAUCUUGGAAUAUUGCUGUGAUAUUAUUUCUUGAACUUUUUCCUUGUGAAACGUGUAGAAAUUUUCAAUCUCUUCUUGAAUUUUCAGUCAGCAGAGAUACCAAACCUUGACCAAAAUUAAUAACGCUAGCAUUGUAUAAAUAUUAAACAGUCUGUAACAGUGUAAAUUUUUGCCCUAAUUUAUAAUUACGAGACCCAGAAAUGGCUGCCUUGAUAUAAAAAAUCUUAAAUACUGUGAGAUCUUAAAUCUCUAAAUUCAGUGCAAGUCCUUUAUUUAUUUAUUCUGAAAACAAUUAUGUUCACAGUACUUAACAUAUUCCGUAAACCUGGUAAUUUGCAUAAUAAUUGUUAUAAAUUAUAAAUUUUUUUGGGAAGAAAUCAACUCAGCUCUCGUAAUUGUUAAUUCUGUAUACGUGCGAAAUUGUUUUUUUUUUCUGAAAAGAAUAAUGUAUCACCUAUUUUACUUCAAAUUACCAGUUAUGAUUCAUCCGUUUUUACCAAAAAUCUGUGUUUUGAAAAUUUAACCUAAAACUUAAAUCUGAAUCGCUGUUGCAUUGAGAGGUUUUUUUUCUUUUUAAGUGAAGAGAUAUUUUUAGUCAAAACAAUUUGGUUGGUCUGGGCAGCCGUAUCUGAAUACCAUUCUUAUAUAACAAUAUGGGGAAAGGUUAGAUUAAGGACAUCUGCUAUGCAUGACAGUGAAAUUCGCCCCAUUUUGUUUGGGAAUGUAUAUUGUAUUAUAUUUGUACAUAGGGUUUUUGGGGAGUGACUAGUUCUCUGUUAUUUGUAGGGAAUUGCUGAUAUAAUUGAAUCAUUACAGUGCAAUUUUCAAUUGAGUGUCAAAAAGAAUUUGGGAUUGAAUUAGUUCAAUUCGCUCCGCUAUUGAUCGAGAAAAUGUGAUUCAUUCUCAGAACCAAUCAAAUGAAGAUUUGAUACGAACCGCGCCAUCUUCUCUUGCGUUUUCCUGCGCUUCAGGUAGAUUUCAUGUCUCGCUGAGUUGUGAUUGGCUCGUUGCUAUUUUCCGUUUUCGUGAUUGGCUCUUGUGAUGUCGUUGGUUCUGGUUUUUAGACACUCGAUCGAAAUUCGCUCUAUUGCCAAUUACUCUGUGAUUUUAAACAACGUCUU